AUGCCACCGAUAGUUUCUGAUAACGAGUCGUCAUAUGUUUUAAAUCAGAUUAUCAUAUCACCUUCGGAUACAGAUUACCUGGACCAACUGAUCCCUUCCAUAAAAGAGUACAGUGUUGGCAAUCGAACGUCUCAAUUAUUACAAACUCUAGCGGCUUUUGCUGGUGAAAAAGAGUCUGAGAUAGAAGCCAUUUGCAACACAAACCAUCAAGAGUUUGUCACGUCAAUAAAUCAACUUCUUCGUAUACGUGAAGGCUCUGUUAGACUCACGUCUGAGAUAUUAGAUCUUAAUCUAUCAAUCCAAGCCAGUACAGAGAAGCUGGCCGAACAGAAAAAGGCUCUGGUCGAAUCUCGAAGUCACCGACAAAACAUCGACGAGACCUUUCGUGCCACCAAGGACUGUCUAGAUGUUCUACGCCUCGCUAAUCAGGUCCAUGACUUAUUGUCCAAAAAAAACCACUAUGCAGCUCUUCGGGCACUUGAUGAGCUUCAGAACGUCCACCUCAAGGAGGUGAGCCAGUACAAAAUCGCUGAUAUGAUUCAACGUUCAGUUCCCUAUACUCAGAAGGCCAUAGCAGAGGCCGUGAUGUCUGAUUUAAAUACUUGGCUUUAUAGAAUUCGGGAGAUGUCACAGUACCUGGGUGAAAUAGCCCUAUACCACACCGACUUACGGAAAACAAGGCAAAAGGAGAGAGUCGAUCAGACGCCGUAUCUAGGUCACUUCAAAUUGAAUUCUGCCAUUGAAUUAGUUUCCGACGAGCAUGAGGAGUACGACCUUUUGCACAAUGAGGAACUCCAGGUUGACUUCACGCCCUUAUUCGAGUGUCUGCAUAUUCACGAUUCCUUGGGCCAGAUGGAUAAAUUCCGCAUUGAAUAUGCGAACACACGACGUCGGCAAAAGGAAUUACUGACACCAUCGUCCAUAUCCCUCAUGGAUGACGACAAUGCUGGCUUGCAUAACCUUCUGGAGGAAAUGGCGGGUUUCGCAAUUGUCGAGAGAUCAACAAUGAAACGAGUCCCAGACUUGAGAUCACCAGUUGAUGUUGAGGAGCUAUGGGAUUCACUGUGUCAAACUGCAGUAGGCUUGAUAUCAAAUGCGCUUUCCGAAGUAGAUAAUGCUGAAAGCUUGCUGAGAAUCAAGAAUCUCAUUGCCCUAUUCAUGCAAACGAUGAAUGCUUGGGACUUUUCUGUUUGCAUUUUCGAUAACUUUCUAUUGGUCCUAUUUAGGAAGUAUGCCGAGCUGCUGAAAAAGAGAUUUAGUGAUGACUUCCAGGAGAUUGUAUCCACAGAUGACUAUAUGCCCAUGCCAAUUCAAACCCCGGCCGAAUUUGAUAAAGUAGUAAAUGUUAGCUGGUAUUGUCCUGAGAAGUCAGAGGAUGAACAAAGCUUCCCAUGCGUAUUGCCAUUCUCUCAAAUGUAUCCGCUGUGCUGCAUUGACAUCCGAAAUUUUUUGAAUCAGUUUUACUUUUUUGCAAGUGAUGACUUUAGUCGCUCAGAUAUUGUUGAUAAAACCCUGGAAGAGGCGCUGGAUGAGCUACUCUCAAGCAAAGUUUGUGACACGCUUGUUGAGCGCCUUGCAUCCCAGUAUUUGGGUCAGAUCGUACAGAUACUUAUCAAUUUAGAGCAUUUCGAGCUUGCCUGUCAUGAGCUUGAGUUACUUCUGGAGGCUGCGAGACCGCAGAAUUGCUUGGGUGGCCCUAUAAAAUUAAAAGCGACGGAAAAGUUCAAGAGCAACAAAAAAGCAGCGGAAAAACGCAUUUUUGAGGUGGUCAAUUCAAAAAUCGACGAUCUCAUUGAAACUGCUGAAUAUGACUGGAUGGCCUCGGCUCCGCCCAUGGAGCCCAGCAACUAUAUGCAGACGCUAACUCGCUUUCUGUCUAAUAUAAUGAACUCGACAUUACUCGGUCUCCCAACAGAAAUUAAAGAGCUUAUUUACUUCGAUGCUCUUAGUCACGCGGCAAAUAUGAUACUUUCCCUUCCUCUUUCUCCAGAUGUGAAAAAUAUCAACCCCAAUGGCGUUAUGGCGCUUGCCAAGGAUGUUGACUAUCUAUAUGAUUUUGUCGAUAGCCUUGGUGUGCCCAUUCUGCGAGAGAAUCUCGACGAACUUCAACAAACAGUACAAUUAAUGCAGGCCGAGAACACAGACGAAUUUUAUGACAUUUCUACUCGAAAUAAAAAAUAUGGUCGUGUAGAUGUGAUAAAUGGGCCAGUUUUAUUGGAGAAGUACGUAUAA